AUGGAUUUUGCCCAACUCCACGAGUUCAUUCGUUGGAACAAACAAGAAAAACCCUACCUGAAUCACCAAUUUCUUAUCGAGAUGGUUCCGUGGGGCGGAGUCACUUGUUGUUUGAGUGCCGCCGCUCUCUAUCUUCUUGGACGAAGUAGCGGAAAGGAUGCAGAGGUUCUCAAAUCGGUAACUCGAGUUAAUCAACUGAAAGAUUUGGCACAAUUACUGGAUGCUGCAAACAAAGUGUUGCCUUUUGUCGUGACAAUAUCUGGUAGAGUUGGUUCAGAUACUCCUAUCAACUGCGAGUAUAGUGGUUUGAGAGGAGUAAUUGUGGAGGAAACAGCAGAGCAACACUUUUUGAAACAUAAUGAUGCUGGUUCAUGGAUUCAAGACUCUGCUCUUAUGCUAUCUAUGUGUAAAGAGGUUCCCUGGUUCUUAGAUGAUGGAAGUGCUCAUGUAUAUGUUGUUGGAGCUCGUGGUGCUGCUGGUUUGGUGUUAACUGUUGGAAGUGAAGUAUUUGAGGAGUCAGGAAGAUCACUUGUUCGUGGAACAUUAGAUUAUCUACAAGGUCUGAAGAUGCUUGGAGUCAAGAGAAUUGAACGUGUUCUUCCAACAGGCACUCCAUUAACUGUUGUUGGUGAGGCUAUUAAAGAUGACAUUGGAACAGUUCGGAUCCAACGACCCCUCAAAGGCCCAUUUUAUGUCUCUCACAAAACCAUCGAUCAACUCAUUGCAAAUCUUGGGAAAUGGGCCAGAUGGUACAAGUAUGCUUCAAUGAGUUUUGCUGCAUUUGGUUUUUAUCUGAUUGCUAAGCAUGCUUUUCAAUACAUAAUGGAAAGAAAACGUCAUUGGGAAUUGAAGAAAAGAGUUCGUGAUGCUGCAGCCAAAAGAGCAGCUCCAGAUAACGAAGGUUCAAAUGGUAAAGCAGAAAAUGGAUUAAGUGGCACCCGAAAGGAUGUGCAAAUGCCUGAUAUAUGUGUCAUAUGUCUUGAACAUGAGUACAAUUCUGUUUUUGUCCCGUGUGGUCAUAUGUGCUGUUGUGUGACAUGUUCUUCACACCUAACGAGCUGUCCGCUAUGUCGAUGUCGAAUUGGACAGGUGGUGAAGACCUUCCGUCAUUGAGAACUGCAUUUGUAUGCAUAUCAAUAACUGUGAUUUUAAACUCAAACUCAUAAUUUUGUCAUUGAGAACUCUAUGUAUCAUGUAUGUAUGUAUGCAUGUAUGAAUAAUUAUGAGUUCUUAGCAUUAGUUCUACAUUAGAAGUUACAUAUUCUCUGUUCUGCUCGGUUUAUUUUCAAUUUUCUUUACCCGAAGGUGUAAAUAUAUGUACUUCACCAUCUAGUUUACUGUAAUUUUCAACCAUUGGAGUGAAUCACAAGCCAUGUUUAUGACA